CACACCAUUAAUAAUGUUUUUCUGAUUGUUGAUUUGGAAUAUUCUUAGAAAAGGCUUUUAAUUUGCCUUGAAUAAGGUGCUUGCCAUGAAGCUACCGGUAAUUUGUCGCACCUGCGACUCAACGGACACCGACAACCUUUUGAAACUGGCCACACCCUCAAAAAAGUAUCCGGACAAGCUGCUUUCGGAAAUUCUAUGCGAGCUUACCGAAAUCAAUCUGGAUGCGAUUGGAAGUCAGAAACUGCCGCAAUGUUUGUGUAGUGGCUGCACCAAGAAAUUGCUGGGAGCCUAUUGCUAUGUGAAACAGGCGCUGGCCGCCAAUGAAAUGCUAAUGAGGCAUCUGAAAAACGGAUCCGGUCAACCCACUACCGACUGCCUGCAGGAGGCGCCGAUGGAACUGUGCGCCGAGCAGCAUGUGGAGGUCAAGCUGGAGACAGAGGACGAGGACUAUGGUGACAAUGAUGUUAGCAUUACUUGCUCCGAGCUACCGGAACCGGACGAAUUGGAUGUGGAGAGCAAAAAAUCCGUAGAUCCUUUGACAAUGAUUGAGACAGUGAAACUGGAAACGGAACCGAGAAGUAUGGAGAUGGCAAUAGAAAACGAUCCUGCAUCGGACUUUGAAGACGUCGACUCCCUGGAUAGCCUGCCCCUGGAAAGGAGAAUUCAAAAAUGGAAAACGGAAAGGAAGUCUUUAUUAAAGUGCCAGUACUGUCAGAGAAACUUCAAACGAAUCGAGUUUUUAAAACGUCAUGAAAUCCGCGUUCACAAGCCAGAAGCCAGAUCGUUCGCCUGCUCCCUAUGCAUUCGGAAAUUUAGCCGCAGCGAAGCUCUCGAAGCGCACCUUAAAGUUCACCGAAACUCAAAGCGUUCGGCCAACAUAAGUGAACAUAAGAAGGCCAAGGCGGUGGAUUUGAAUCUGUGCAAGCCGCACGGCUACAAGCUAAUUGAGUGCAUGAUCUGCCAGAGCCAGUACAACAAAAUUGCCGAUCUGCGGCGCCACUUGGAGGAGCAUCCCGAAAUAGUCAACCUGUGUGGUCGCCCGAAUGUUGAACCACACGAAAUGGCGGAACUGUUUUAUCCAGAUUCUAAGGAUCUGGAUGAAGAUCAGUUGAUUAACUUAAUUCGCAGAGAUCUGGCGGCGGGCAUUUAUCAACGCUUCUACUCGAUCACCAACCAAAGCGGCUACGAAAUGGACUUGGACAGCUCGGAGACGGAUAGCGAUUUGGAUGGAGAUCCCGAGGAUCUAAAAAAUAAACGAAAGAAAAUGCGUAAGGCCAGCUACAGUUGCGAACUGUGUCAACAAAAGUUCUCGCGAAAAUAUCAACUAUAUGACCACCAGCGACAGACACACAGUUGGUCAGAGGCACCUCAUGUCUGCGGGCGUUGUGAUGGACGCUUUGUAAGCCUGCAACUACUGCGUCACCAUAACGAAUCGCAGUGCAGGAAUGCACAGAAAAGAUUUCUCUGCCACAAAUGCCCGCUUCGCUUCCGCUGGAAACAUAAUCUAAAAACGCACUUCCGUGAGCACAGAAUUACAAACCAGACCUUCGAAUGUCCCGAGUGCAAGCGGGUCUUUGACAAAAAAAAAUCGCUUACUGUUCACCUACUUAGUGUACAUGCAGAAGAAUCGAAACUGAUCCCCUGCCAGUGGUGCAGUCGUAAGUUUUACCGACAUGAUUACUUAGUAAAGCACCUAAAGCGGCACGGUCUGAAGGAACAGGACAUUCCACUGGCCGAAACAUUGAUUGCGGCCACAUCGAGACCAAACGGAGCUAAACGCAUCACCUGCCGAAUGUGCAAUCUGCAUUUCGAGCGAAUCAUGGAUCUGCGAGCACACAUUCAACUGGAGCUGAAGCUUUCUUUAUCACUUCACCAGAACUACGACUCCUUGCAUAAUUACUCGAUAACAAACGAGUCUGGGUUCGAGUUGCAGCUUGAGGAUUCGGAGACCGAGGACGAGAUGCACCCGAGUGGUGGCAAUCGUCCCGUUUAUAUAUGCGAGCUGUGCAGCGUGCAGUGCAAGCGGAAAUUUGAAAUGAUACAGCACCAGCGGACAAUGCACCGCUUUGACAAAAUGCCACAUGAGUGCGAUGACUGCAUUUUUAAAUGCGUGUCUAAGAGCAUCAUGGACCACCAUAGGCAGGGCCAAUGUAAUAGUACUGAAAAGAAGCAUCCUUGCGGAAAGUGCUCCUACAAGUUCAUGUGGCCUGAGAAUUUGGAACAGCACAUUCUUCUUCAACACAGCAAAUCCUCCUCCAGCAUAGCCACUGGCGUUGCACGGACAGAUAGUACAGGUGAUCUAGAUAAGGAUGCCACCGAGGACGUUGUGCCGCUGUUGCAGUGUCCGCAUUGUGAUCGCACAUACCAGAUGAAGUCGCGCCUGAACAACCACAUCCGGGAUGUGCACGUCAACGGCGACCGAAAACGUAAGGAGGCGAUCAAGCGCUUCCUCUGCUCCCUGUGUGGCAUGGAAACUAGAUCCGCAGCGGCCCUUUUAACACAUAUGCGUCGCCACACUGGGGAGAAGCCCUUCAAGUGUGAUCUGUGUGAGAUGGCCUUUCCCCGGCACUCGGAACUGGCCUCGCACCGCCGUAUGCAUACCGGUGAAAAGCCAUUCCACUGCACUGUUUGUGGCAAGGACUUUGCCCGCUCUGACAAACUCAAGCGCCAUAUGCUCACCCACAGCGGGCUAAAACCGCACAAAUGCACCUACUGCGAGAAGAGUUACCGUCAGGCCAAGGACUUAAAGCUUCAUCUGCAGCAGCACACCGGUGAAUGUCCGUUUGUGUGCGGCACUUGCGGCGAGCGCUUUAUCCAGAGCAGCACGUUGGAGAAGCAUCGGUUGAUGCGACGCCACUUUGACGAGGUGGAGGCGUGGUUGAGGCGCCAAAAAUAGGGGCUUUUGCAAUAAAAUAUAACUUGGUCUAGUAAAAAGGAA